UUCUUCAACAACUGCAGCCACCUCGGUAGCUCACUGGACAUCAAAGUCGGAACAUUCAAGCUCUUUAGACAAUUUCGUGGUUUAAUUACCACUAUGAUUUAAACAUAGUUAUGGGGAAACAGCUAGCUACCCCAUUUAAUUUCAUAUUUACGUUGUAAGUCAGCUAGCUGGCUGGUUAAGUUAGGACUAGUCUAGUCGCUAAUGCUAACUAUCUAUUAUCUCUGACCAUGAGCUCACUAAGCUACUCUCCUCCUGCUGAAGAAGAGGUGGUCUGCUGGACGGAGAAAGAAGCUCUCGUCAAAGAGGAGGCGGAAGAGAAAGAUGUUACAAUACAAAAACAAGUAGAGGGUGAGGCUGUUACCGUGAAAGAAGAGGAAGACGCCUUCAGAGUGAAAGAGGAGAAGGAUGUUACUGUAAAAGAUAAGGAGGAAGAUGCAGUUUUUGGAGUGGAGGAUGAAGUGAAAGAAGAUGAAGACGUUUUUGGAAUGAAGGAUGAAGAGGGUGAGAUUACUGUCAUAUUAGAGGAGGAUGAAGAAGAGAAGACUGGAGAACUGAUUAACACCCGUAAAUACAGAGAGAGACGGGACAAUCGUGGAUCCUCUGGGGAGCCUAAACAACAUCAUGACGCUGACGAGGCAAAGACAAGUCUCUCCACAUCAGAUCUCCUCAAGAAACACCAGUGGAGACACACACGGAAGAAAUCUAUCUGCUGCUCUGACUGUGGGAAAAGAUUGAACUCUUCAUCAGACCUUAAAAUACAUCAAAGAAUUCACACAGGAGAGAAACCUUACGGCUGUGAUCAAUGUGGGAAGAGUUUUACUCAGCGAUGCAACCUGAUAGUACACCAGCGGGGACACACAGGAGAGAAACCUUUUAGCUGUGAUCAGUGUGGGAAGAGUUUUACUACAUCUAGUUAUCUAACUAAACACCACAGAAUACACACUGGAGAGAAACCUUACGGCUGUGAUCAAUGUGGGAAGAGUUUUACUCAGCUAAGCAGCCUGAUAGUACACCAGCGGACACACACAGGAGAGAAACCUUGUGGCUGUGAUCAAUGUGGGAAGAGAUACUCUGAUAAAAGAUCUCUGAUUAAACAUCAGAAAAUACAUGGAGUUGUUUCAUGAUAUCAAUUAAAUAAUGUCACAAUGUAGAAUGUUUUAACAUUGUAGUAGGUGUAUUUUAAUGAUGUCACAAUGUAGAAUGUUUUAACAUUGUAGUAGGAGUAUUUUAAUAAUGUCACAAUGUAGAACCCUAAACAUUUGCCCCCUGUUCACUUGAUUUCAGCAUGAUAUGGAUAUUAGCCUCAAGGGGAAAAUCCCGGCUCUGAAAUGAAAGAGUACUAUUUAUAUGAUUUAACAAAAAGUGACUAACAAAAAAAGAGUCCCACUUGAAUCAAAAUGCAACACUUGUUUAGGUUUUCAAUAUAUCCCAAACUGUUUCUACAUAUUGGUUAUUGAUUUGGACACGUUAAAACUGUGUUUUGACAUUGCGCUAUUCACAUUUAGCCAAAUGUAAUUGAAAAGAUGUCUUCUCAACACAACUUCAUUUCAACAUACUUGCAGUAUAAUAAAUUGGUCUAUAAUCAAUUUUAUUAACAAUGUAA